CACUCCUCUCCCCCAUCUGCAUCUUCCUUUUUUUUUACUCAUUCAACGACACGACAGCGGUGAGUGGUAGCAGGCAAAAGUGACCUCUGCGACAUCCGACUUCACCCUCGGAGAUCUGCGAGGAGAUUGGUGACGGGAGCGGCCGAUUGCAGAGAUGAUGGUCGUCGACGAUGAUGGUUGAAAUUGAUGGCGAUGACGGCAAAGACCGGAACUCAGCGACCAUUGGCAUAUAUGACUGGCGGGGCUGUAUGACGGUGGAAAAUCCUCGGCGGUGCUUCUGGCGGUCUGGCGGCCGAGUGGUGUCAGAUCUAUUCUCGGCAUCAGCUUCCUGUGGCGCCUCUGCUAGCUCCUACUAUGCGGAGGGGUGGCAACGGCAAGACUCCCCCUGUAUUCGACGGAGAAGCUACAACGGCGACGGUGAAAGCGCACCAUUGGCGAUGGUGGUCGGAGCCGCUUUGGCCCUGAUCUGGAGCAGGCAGCGUUGGGUAGGAGUCAAUGACUGCGACGGGAUGCAAGUUAGCGGCGGCGCAACAAUGAGGGCUACUGGUGGUGGCUCCUGGACAUGAGGAUGGCCUUGUCUGAGCAAAGACUGGCCGCGAUUUUUGGCGGUUCCGACCGAAGACGAGCAGAUCGUCCACUCCGCAGAGCAAAGACGGAGAUGUUGAAUCCCCAAAGAGGAUCGACGGCGGUCUAGAGACAAGGUGAUGCAGUGAUUGAUCUCUGUUCUAGGACCUGGAGCGGUGAAGACGAUGAGCAGCCGGUGGAGAUGCAGCAAGCGAAGUGCACAUGGGCGACGAUGUUCAAGGUCAGCGGCGACUAUGACUGGCCGUCGAUUACGACUUCUGGUGAUGUAGAGAACCACCCUAAUAUACGGGAGAUGACUGC